AGAGAAUCCCAGAAAGAAAAGUUAUUUCAAUUCAUGGUAGCUUAACUGAGCUUUGAUGCGAACGGUUUCGUUCCACUCGUAGAACUAAAAUGUUAUUUUCUCAGUGACUACGAACAAGAACUUUGCUAGUUUCAGGUACUGAUUCCACUCCUCUCCUCUCUCUCAAAACUCACUCCUCAAACCGACAAUCAUACUUCAUGUUCUUGGUCAGAUAGUUGCUGGUAUUGGUUAUUUAAUUCUGUGUUCAUGCUCUCGAAGAAGUCCACAUUCAUACUUCUUGAUUGAAGAAACCUAUAUUUUUUGAAAGUGAAGAACUCAGUAUUUCAACUGUGAAAAAAAUUUAGAUUUGUUCUUUCCAAAACUGAAAAUGCUUUAAUUGACGAUAUAUGCCACCAUCAGAGAGCUUCAGGUAAUGAUUCUUCCUUAGUUUGUUCCCUCUCUAAAUCUCCAUCUUUUUCCCUCUAAAACAGGCAGCCGCAUAUACCUACAUAUCUAGUCUCUAAACCCGUUUUGCAUCCAUGGAAGAAAGAUGUGCUUUAACUUUUCACCCCUUUAAAACCCUUAAUUUACAGUUUAUGCCACUACUGUUGUUGAUACUGUUAUGUUUAUCGUAUUCACCUUCUAUAUAUGUUGUAUCCAAGUCUAACAUUGAUACACAAGAGAGAGGGUCACUUGUUUUGUUCAAGUCACAGCUCCAAGACCCAACUCAAAGCUUAUCAAGCUGGGGUUCUGGGUCCAAAUGCACCAACUGGACUGGAGUCACCUGCUCGAAUCAGACCGGUCAAGUCAUUUCAUUGAACCUUACUAGCUUGAACUUGUCAGGCCAAGUUCACCCCAGCUUGUGCAAACUCUCACUGAUUGAAACCUUAAUCUUGUCACACAACGGCUUUAACGGUAUAAUCCCACCUUGUUUUGGAAUUUUUGGGAACCUAAAGACUCUGGAUCUUAGCCAUAACAUGUUAAGUGGUGUUGUGCCUGAUGCACUGAUGAAGCUGAACAAACUUAAUGAGCUUGAUCUUAGCCAUAACUUGCUUGGUGAUGUCAUUCCUCUGUGGAUUGGAAAUUUCUCGGGGAAGCUUGAAAAUCUUGAUUUGGGUUUCAAUAAUUUCCGUGGGGAGAUACCUGAAAGUUUGUUUUACUUGAAAUCACUCAAACAUUUGGAUUUAUCCUAUAACUAUCUGUUGGGUAAUCUUCAAGAUUUUCAUCAGUCUUUGGGGUAUCUCAAUCUUGAGUGCAAUUGGCUUUCGGGUACUUUGCCUUGCUUUUUGUCAUCUGUUGACUCUCUCUCUAUCCUCAAUUUAGCAAACAACUCUAUUGUGGGAGGAAUACCCUCUUGCAUUUCUUCUCUUCGAGCAUUGGCACAGCUCAAUUUGUCAUUCAAUGGAUUGAAAUAUGGGAUUUCUCCAAGAUUCAUGUUUUCAGAAAAACUGGUCGUCUUGGAUUUGAGUUUCAAUGAACUUUCUGGGAAUCUUCCGUGCAAAAUUGUUCAGACAUCAGAGAAGUCGGCGCUUUUACUUCUUGAUCUGUCACACAAUCAAUUCUCUGGUGAGAUUCCGCUGAGAAUCACAGAAUUGAAUAGUUUGCAGGCCUUGUUUCUGUCCAACAAUUUUCUUACCGGUGAAAUUCCAGCAAGAAUAGGAAAUUUAACCUAUCUCCAAGUGAUUGAUCUGUCUCACAACUCGUUAUCGGGGUCAAUUCCUUUAAACAUUGUUGGUUGUUUUCAACUACUUGCAUUGAUACUCAACAACAACAAUCUCUCUGGUGAAAUCCCACCGGAGCUCGAUGCUUUGGAUAGUUUGAAGAUACUUGAUAUUAGCAAGAACAAGAUAUCUGGUGAAAUCCCACUGACCUUGGCAGGAUGUAAAUCGUUGGAGGUGGUAGAUUUCAGUUCUAACAACCUCUCAGGAUCUUUGAAUGAUGCCAUAACCAAAUGGUCUAACCUCAGAUAUUUGUCCCUUGCUCGGAACAAGUUUUGGGGAGGUUUACCUGGGUGGCUGUUCACUUUUGAAGCAAUCAUAACAAUGGACCUCUCUAGUAACAAGUUCUCUGGAUACAUACCAGAUGGUUCUGUUAACAUUAGUUCGAGUUUCAAUAAUGGUUGCAUUGGCGGGACAGUCCCUAGAGAGCCACUGGUUUCAUCUCGAAGUCCGGACAUUGAACUUUAUGUGAUAGUAGCUGAUAGAAAUGAAUUAUGCUUCAAGUACAGUCUCUCGCCCACAGUCAGAAUUGAUUUAUCUGAUAAUAUGCUGCAUGGGGAAAUUCCACAAAGCUUUUUCCGAUUACAUGGUCUGGAAUACCUGAAUUUGUCUCGCAAUUUUCUUGAAGGUUGGAUUCCCCCAGGUCUGGAGAAGAUGUGGAGUUUAAAGGCUCUGGAUUUGUCGCAUAAUUCUUUAUCGGGUCAGAUUCCGGAAAACAUCUCCAGCCUUGCAAAUUUGACGCUCUUGAAUCUGUCAUAUAACUGUUUCUCUGGAUUUAUUCCCAACAAACAAGGAUAUUGGAGAUUUCCGGGAGCAUUUGCUGGCAAUCCAGACUUGUGCUUGGAGUCAUCUGGUGAUGGGUGUCACCCAAAAAGCCUUCCAUCAGGAAAGACAUCUGAAGAUGAAAUGGCUGAGGGACCAAUUUCGGUUUGGGUGUUCUGUACAAGUUCUGUUGUUAGUUUCUAUUUUGGUAUACUUUCUCUCUUUUGUUCGGCUCGAACAAGAAACUACAUUCUGCAGGCCAAAGUUUAAUGUGGUCUACAUGUAUGGGAAUGAUAACUUCCCAUUGAACUGUCUCAUUUUCGACUAGUCCUAUUAAAAUGAAAUCACUUCUCUGGCUGCUUCAA